GUUUGCGGUGAACGACUUUCAAAAUGAAUUUAUUUUGAACUACACUUACGAACCUAGAAAUCUAGAUCUAGAACAAUAAUCUAGAUUCUUUAGAUCUUAAACAAUUGACCGAUACAACAUUCUUUAUUUCAAAUACUUCUUGCUUUGUUCCCUCAUCAAAUAGGAAAGUGCCAAGGUAGCCUACUUAAACGAGUGAACUUCAUUCCAAUCUUUGGCCUUUUACCAUUCUUUCAGCUCACCUUCACUGCCUGCCAAGAACUGUGCGGACUUAGCUGACAUGGUCUUCCAAGGUGUCAGUCAUAACCCUUUAUAGUUAGAUAUGGAGAUACACUCAGCAAGUGAGGCAUCAGGUUCUACACCUGUUAGUGAUACUAACCCAGGACGGUUUAAAGUAUACCCAGUCAAUGAAUAUAGUGUGUUUGACGCUCCAGUCCAAGCUUCUAAUGAAACUAAGGUCACUUUUGAUGAUUUCAAAAAGAAUUAUGAACAUGCUUUAGAUAAAAGGACUCUAACGCUUUAUGAGGAUGAUAUUGGUGGCAAUGUUGAUUCUAUCCAGCGUGUUGUAAAGAAAACCGUAGACAGUACUAUAGCUGCUGAUGAGAAUGAGCCACCAACACAUAAAGCAAACUUAGGAACAUUCUUAGGUGUUUUCUUGCCAUGCUGUCAAAAUAUUGUGGGUGUAAUCUACUUUGUUCGCUUCCCCUGGAUUGUAGGAUGUGCUGGAAUUUUUGAGGGUGGAAUCAUUGUUAUGAUAUGCUGUGGCAUGAGCAUUUGCACAGCUAUAUCAAUGAGUGCAAUUGCAACCAAUGGAAGAGUGACAGCUGGUGGAACAUAUUUUAUGAUAUCUCGCUCCCUUGGCCCUACAUUUGGCGGAUCUGUUGGAAUAUUAUUUUUUCUUGGAACAUCAAUUUCAGUUGCCAUGUACUAUUUGGGUACAAUAGAGACUUUGCUGACUUACAUUGCACCAAGCAUGGCAAUAUUUGGAGAUGCACCAGAAGACCCAGCGAGACUCAAUGAUUAUAGACUCUACUGUUCAAUUCUAUUAUUAAUUAUGACAACUGUUGUCUUUAUUGGUGUCAAAUGUGUUUCACGCUUUGCAUUCUUUGCCAUCUUAUUUUUGGUGGCAGGUUUAUUAAGCAUAUUUUGUGGGCUUGCUGCAGCUUCCCCUGAAAGAAGUGUAAAGCUAUGUGUAUUAGGAAACCGUGCAAUAAAGUAUUCAGCAGUGUUCAAAAAUAACAGUUGGGAGUGCAAUAAAGAUCCUGGUGGUCCCCUUUACAAGUUAUACUGCCCAGAGGGAAAUAUGUGUGAUGAGUUUUUUCUUCAAAACGAAGCUAGACUCAUACCAGGCAUCCCAGGCUUUAGUUUGAGACUUGUCAAAGAUGCAUGGGACAAUUUUUAUACAGAGAAAGGAAAUAUUCCAGGAACAAAUGUAAAAGCCCAGAGCGCAAGAAAAGAUAUUACUACAGACAUCACAACAAGUUUUAUUGUACUGAUUGGCAUUUAUUUCCCCUCUAUUACAGGAGUUGAAUCAGGAUCCAAUUACUCUGGUGACUUGAAAGAUGCCCAAGUAUCCAUUCCUAGGGGUACUAUUUCUGCUGCUAUUGUAACAUCAUUGAUCUAUUUUUCUUCAGUCUUUUUUUUUGGUGGAUCAGUUGAAGGUGUAUUGCUGAGAGAUAAAUUUGGUAGGAGCAUAAGCAACAAUGGUGAUUUGGUCUUGUCCUUGAUAGCUUAUCCUUCAAAAUGGGUUGUUCUUGUAGGAACCUUCACAGCAACUAUUGGAGCUGGAAUGCAAGCACUUGCAGGAGGACCUCGUCUGCUUCAAGCUAUUGCAGAGGAUAACAUCAUUCCUGGCCUGGCAUUUUUUUCCAAGAAGUGGCAUGGUGAACCUGUCAGAUGUCUGGUUGUGACAUUUAUUAUAGCGGAGAUAGGACUUCUCAUUGCAUUCUUGGACUAUGUGGCACCUAUUGUCACCAUGUUCUUUUUAAUGUGCUAUGGAUUCAUUAAUUUUGCUGUAACUCUUCAAUCUCUUCUGGACACCCCACACUGGCGUCCCAGCUUUAAAUAUUAUCACUGGAGUUUAACCCUACUUGGAACUUGUCUUUGCUUGGUCACAAUGUUUAUAUGCAGCUGGCAAUAUGCGAUUGUGGCAAUAUUUCUUGCAUAUCUGAUGUAUAAUUAUUUGGAAUACAAAGGUGCUGAAAAGGAAUGGGGUGAUGGAAUGACUGGCUUGAAAAUGACCAGUGCAUUGUACGCUCUAAUGAGGAUGAAACAUGACUACAUGCAUAUAAAAAAUUGGAGACCCCAGGUGUUAGUGCUUUUAAAGUUGAAAAAUAUAACGAUGAGUCAGACAGAGUUUAAUAAUGAAGACAUGGCUCUUGUACAAGUGGCUGACAUGCUGAAAGCAGGUAAAGGAUUGACCAUGUUUGGAACCGUUAUACAGGGAACUAUUGGAGUAAUGAAGGAAGAAAAACAACAAUUAAAACAGAUAUUCAUCAAAUGUGUGAAGAGUGCAGAUGUUAAAGGCUUUAUUGAAAUCGUUGUGAGCCCUUCAAUAACAGAUGGUCUUUGCUGUAUGAUUCAGUCAGCAGGAUUAGGAGCUCUGAGACCAAACACGAUAGUUAUGGGCUGGCCAAGCGAUUGGAUUGCCACUCGAUGUUUGCCGUCGUAUCACACAUUUUUAGAUACUAUUUAUAAUGUGGGAGUGGCAGGGAAUGCCCUGAUAGUGUGUAAAAACUGUGAAGGUUUGCCUGUUAAAGGUGAACGGCUCAGUGGCACUAUCGACAUAUGGUGGAUUGUUAAUGAUGGUGGCAUGCUACUGCUGCUGGGGCAUCUUCUGACACGGCACAAAAUGAUGAGCAAAUGCAAGAUAAGGCUCUUUACUGUGGCAGGUACGGAUGAAAACAGUGUUCAGAUAAAAAAUGAUCUCAAAACUUAUUUGUAUCAACUACGAAUAAACGGAACUGUGGAAGUCAUUGAAAUGGCAGAUACUGAUAUAUCAGCUUAUGUGUAUGAGCGAACACUGAAACUAGAAGAAAGGUCCAAAAUGUUAGCUUUCUUAAGUACAACAUACAAAAAGAAAAGCACCGGAACUUCCCACAGAAGAGCCUCAUGGAUAGAAAAAGAUGCUCAGUGUGCACUAGAUUUAGCCCGUAAUGGAACACUUGAUGAGAAUUCAUCUCCUACUGAUUUUUUUACACGUAGGACAAGCUUACUUCCCAGUGUGGAAACUAUUCUCCACAUGAACACUGCUAUAAGAUUAAAUGAAGCAAUUAAAUUGAAGUCUGCAUCCGCAAGUAUAAUCAUCCUCAACUUACCCAGUGUACCACACACUGCAAAAGGACAAGCUAACUAUAUGUCCUUUUUAGAAGAACUAACUGAUGGGCUCUCCAGAAUGUUAUUGGUACGGGGAACUGGAAAAGAAGUCAUCACUGUUUUUAAUUAAUUCUAUCUUACUACGUUAACUAUCAACUUAUAUAUAUAUAUAUAUAUAUAUAUAUAUAUAUAUAUAUAUAUAUAUAUAUAUAUAUAUAUAUACAUACGUACGCACACAUUUUUAUACAUUAGUUACAAGAAAAUGUAUACCUACAACAGGUAAUAAGUACAUAAGAACGUAUGUAAGAGUUAAGUGAAAUUUAUUCAUCUCAUAUUACAUGGUAUGUUUUAAUUUUUUUCAAGCUUGUCUUUUUUAUGUUUUAUGGGUCAAUCCACCUGAAGCUAGUAGAAGAAUGCAUUUUUAAAGAUGUAAGCUCUCUAAAAUAUAAUUGGAUCUUAAAUGCAAAAUAGCUCUAAAUUGUUUGCUAUUUUACAUUUACAUCAACCACUCAGCUAGACUAUAUUCUAAUAUUUACAAUAUACUUUAUUUUGUAUGAGAUAUAUGAUAUUUUAAAAAAUUGAAACUACAUCGAUUGGCCCUCCACAUCAAAUGAGAUGUUUGCUGCCUAUUUUAAAAAUAUUUUUACUAUUAA